AUGCUGCAACCGGCCUGGAUCACCAUGGUUGAGUUGACGGCUAGUUACAUUGCUGGUGUCAUUGCUUUGGCAUCGUGGUUGCCCAGCUCUGGUGCCCAAACGCCAUCACCUUAUUUCUCGCGGGACAGCUUCAGGAUCGUGAAACCGUAUCUACAUGGACUGUUGCUGCACGAACCUAAUGGCGAUUUUUCACCAGCUUCAUUCCAAUAUGUCCUAGACGCCAGUGCCAUCCGCUCAGGCGAAACAGGGCAUGAGAUGAAUCCAUACCUUCCUGAGCCCAAGAACCAACAAGCACAAUGGUGA